UUCUUUUUUUUUUUAAACGUGUAUCGUUUCAUCCAGAUGUGAAGUGUCAGGCUGCGGCAUCCUCAGUCAGCAUGGAUUCCCUAAGCCUUGCUUUUGUGUGUAUCAUCUGUCUUUGGAUGGUGAGGACAAGCAUAGCAGUGGCACCAAAAUUCCCAAACCAUGUCCAGCCUACCAACGGGUUUUCAGUAAACCGCGCCCUACUUAAGGAGGGAGAGGGAGAGCGGAGGGGAGCUUCCCCAGAGGAGACUACAGUGUGUGUGCGCGCGUGUCUCUGACUGUUGGGUUACAUUGUCCGACUGAAAAAGCUGUGUGCGAUCGAUAAGGUCCUGUGUCAGGAUGAGAACGCUGUGCUGAGUUUCGAGGCCAUCAGGAGCAUCCACAAAGAUAUGGAUGAUGACGCAGAUGGCAGAGUGGAUGUGACGGAGACAGACGAGUUUCUCCGAGAGGACCUAAAGUAUCAUGAUCCCAAGGCAAAACAAAAGAGUUUCCAUGGAGCCGACCUACUGAUCACUGUGGAGGACAUGUGGAACGCCUGGAGGGCCUCCGAAGCUUAUAACUGGACAUUGGAGCAAGUGGAAGAGUGGCUCAUUAACUAUGUGGAACUGCCACAAUAUGUCGACUCCUUCAGGAAGAAUGAGAUCAAUGGCCAAGCCUUGCCUAGGCUGGCUGUGAAAAAUGCCACCCUGACGCUGUCCGUGUUGAAGAUCCUGGAUCGCAGUCAUGCUCAGAAACUGCAACUGAAAGCUCUGGAUACAGUGCUGUUCGGCCCACAGAUGAACAGGCACAGCCACUUGAAGGACUUGGUGCUGGUGGUGUCCAUCGUAAUUGGUGUAGCAGGCUGUUGGUUUGCCUACAUCCAGAACCGCAACUCGAAGGACCACAUGAGCAAGAUGAUGAAAGAUCUGGAAGGUCUGCAGAGAGCAGAGCAGAGUCUUCUCGACCUCCAGCAGAAGCUCCAGAUAGCGCAGGACGAGCACCGCUCAGUGGAGGUGGAGAAGGUGACUCUGGAGCAGAAGUUGAGAGAUGAGAUUAAUGAGGCUAAAAAUGAGGCACAGAGACUCCGAGAGCUGCGUGAGGGCACAGAGAAUGAACUGAGCCGCCAGAAAUAUGCCGAGGAGGAACUGGAGCAGGUGCGCACAGCUCUGAAGAAGGCAGAGAAAGAGCUGGAGUCGAGAAGGUGCUGGUCUCCUCCUGAACCGCUGCAGAAGUGGCUGCAGGUCACACAUGAGGUGGAGGUGCAGUACUACAACAUAAAGAAGCAGAGUGCUGAGAAACAGCUUCUAAUGGCUAAGGAAGGGGCGGAGAAGAUAAAGAAGAAGAGAGGCACGCUGUUUGGGACGUUCCAUGUGGCUCACAGCUCUUCACUGGACGACGUCGAUCACAAAAUCUUGUCAGCCAAAAAGGCUUUAGGGGAAGUGACAGCGGCUCUGAGAGAGAAGCUGCAUCGCUGGCAGCAGAUCGAGUCCCUCACAAGUUUGAGCAUUGUGAAUAAUCCAGGCCUGUCGUUUCUGGCUUCGGCUCUCAACCUGGACCCUGCCUGUCUGGGGAUCCGAACUGCCCCUCCACAGCACCUGCUGCUUUCUGACGAUCUGGACGACAUGGACGAAGACAUACUGUCCCCUGGAACGCUGCGCUAUGCUGCCUGGCAGAUGGACCGGCAAGUGAGCGACCUUUGGCCUAUGGCCUCAGAGAGCCUGUGGAAACAUUCUGCUUCCAGUGUGGUGUCGGCGCGGCCGCAGCAUGCAGACCCGGUGCUGAGCUCUCAGAGGGACCUGAACCACUCGGACUCUGACUCGUCUCUGUGUCAGUCCAACGAGAGUCAGCGUGGUUUGUCCACAGCACUGGGCAGUAGGUCCGUCCUCUCCCGGCCUAACGGGGGUGGAAACAGCUUGACCGACAGUCCCGUCUUCGCGAAGAGAACCUUCGGCAUGGAGAAGUGCGCCAGCCUGGGAGAGAUCCACAGCCAGUCCAGUGGCCUGAGCUCAUCCACGUCCACGCGCUCCCUCAGCACUCCGCCUGCAGACAGAGACGGACCUACAGGCGGGAAGAGCAGCAGAGGCAAGAAAAGCCCAGGUGAUGAGGACAGCGCCUCCAUGGGGGAGGACGCUGAUGUGUCCAGUUCUGGCCGCAAGAAGAACACCUUCUCCAGACUCUUCCACAAGCAGAAGCAGAAGAAACAGUAGUGAUGGUGUAAAAGAUUUAAAUGUACUCCACUUUCAGAGGGACUGUAUAUUAUGGAGUAUUCUAGAGUAUUCUAGAGUACUAUCAGUACUGUUAAUAUAGGUAUAAGGGAGCAUCUUUUUUUUUUUUUUUUUGCUUGCUUGCUUGUUUGUUUGUUUGUUUUUUGGUUUAUAGAGUGAUUGUCAUCUGAUGGGAACAAAAGUAUUAGCCUUUUGCAUAAAUGUGAUUUUGUUUGUGUAAAAUAAUUUAUUCUGCAGAUGCUGGGGACUUACUGGUUACCCAAUUUCUGUCCUGAUUUAUUCCCCCCCUCUUUUAUUACAAGCUUCUUGUACCAUCUGUUUACAGGCCUGGAUGAAGUAAAGAGAUGCAAAGUGUAAAUGUG